CCUCGACCGGUUUUCAUUUCACAGUUUGUGGCCCUGUUUGCCGUGGUGGCCGCCGCGGCCGCCGGCUCCCCCGGCUACGGACCCACCCCGGCCGUCCGCGCCGCCGCCGCCGCCGCCUCUCCGCUGCCUCUGGUGCGCAUCCUCGAGUCAGAGAGCCACAGCGACGACCAGGGCGGCUACGGGUUCCGCUUCCUCUCCGAGGACGACAUCGAGCGCCAGGAGCAGAGCGCCGACGGCACCGUCACCGGCUCCUACAGCUACCGAGCUCCCGACGGACGGCUCAUCAGCGUGCGCUACGUGGCCAACGCGCUGGGCUUCCGCGCCGAGAGCGACGCGCUGCCGACGCCGGUGCCGACCGAGUACCCGACGCCGCAGGUGCCGUCCACGGAGGCGGCGCCGUCCGUGCGCACCGUGCAGCAGUACUCGGCGCCUGCUGAGCGGCCGGCCGUCCGGCAGCCGGCCGUCGAGUACGAGCCCGUCUACGGCUACCGCGCCGUCUCUCAGUGAGGGGUCACGGGCCGGGUCAGCCGGUCAGCCGGGGAGACGACGGGACGACGGAGACAUGAUGGACACGGUUAACGGAACUUUGACAGAUAUGUAUGCAUGGAGAUGACCGUAUUUAUUGUGAUGUAGGGUGUGGGUCCCUCGCUAUUUAUUACUCACCAUCGUUUGAAAGGACUCCAAAGAUUGAUAUGAUUUCUACGUGAACAAUACAUUCGU